GUUUGUUUUUGUGUAACAUGCUCACCUGUCAUGACGACUCAGUACUUCUCUACAUGGUGGUGGAAGCUUGAUGUUUUGAUGUAACUUCACUGUGAUCAUUUAGUGCCAAUAACUUAUUAUUUGAUCCACUACUCCUUUUAUAAAUUUGCCCAUGCACUUACAAAUAUUUACAAAAUUUCAUUUUGUGUGUGUGUCCUUUGGGAAUAUAAACAUAAAUAAAGAAGUCAUGACAUGAAGAAGUCAUGAUUGAAUAUGCUUCUUCUUAAGUCACUUCUUCAUCAUAUGUUUUUGGUCAUUGACAUGCUGAAAGACCCGUCUUUAGUGUAGCGGAGGUUCUCAUGCAAUAUUUUACAGUCCAUGACCCCUGACAUCAAAGUUCCUUUUGUGUAUUUCUGAGCUGAUCCCUUACCUGUCAUUAUCCUCAAUAUAAGCUUUGUAUGGAUACUGUAUAUUGUAUUUACUCUUAUUUUUUUAAAGUGAUGGGACUAAUCUGUGGACCUCAUGUGCACUCAUGUGUACUUGAGAAGGCUAUUGUAGCUGAUGGCUGAUGGAUCAAGUAUAACCAAAUAAGUCAGAGAACUGCUAAUCUCAGUUAAAUAAUGAAGCCCCCUUCUACAAGGACCAUUUUAUCAAUAUUUGUAAUCCCAGUUUACUGUCAGUGAAGUUUAGGUGAAAAUUUUCCCCGGUAGUAAUGUCACGUGCAAAUAAUCAAUUGUCUUGCCUAGACAUGUGGAUUAUAAUAUCUGUCUAGAAUAUACACAUCCUGUAUUGGAUGAGAUUAGAUUGAAUUAAUUUAUUUACAUGGUACAAUGCAAUUUCACAAAACACAUGCUCAUACAGGAGUUUAAAAAGCCAGAAAUAGCCAAGAGUCUGUUUUUUAUCCAUGAUGUUAAAGAGGCGGUGACAUACAUAAUUACAACAAGACAGACACGCCAAGUUAAAAACAUGAGACUGGAGACCAGUCCCAAACACAACAGACAGUAAAACAGAAAAUAGACUAUAUGGAAUUUACUUAUUGUGAUUUUACGUAGUUUUGUUGGUGUGCCGUACAAAGUUCAUUUCGCAAAACCACUGGUUUCAGCACCAUAGACAGCACCUUUGCAUCAUUCUAUCCAGUGUUAACAGAUGCAUGUGUUCUUCACAAUGUCAGUAUCCCAAGAUGCUAAUAUUUCUAUGUUUGGAAAUAACAUCUUGUAGCAACAAAUGUAAAAUUGGUAGUUUCGAAAGAAAUCACUCAAUUAAACAUAAAAUACUCUAAAAUCUAUAAUUGUAAAAAAGAGAGUAAAACCAUAUACUAAAUUUGUUGCAUCAAACGAGAUUGUUUACCACUGAUAAAAGUCAUCUUCCUUAGCUUUUAAUUCAUAGAAAUAAACAUAAUACCACGUUGAAAAACUGAAAAACAAAUUAUUCAUCGUGCUCUAUUUCUCACCUCAAUGUUUGCAUUUUGAGAACGUCCUGACGUUUUGGAAUUUUUCGUGCAAAUCCGAACCUGUUUUCGUAUGCCAUUCAUCAUUUCAAAAUAAAAGUUAAAAUAUGAUCCUGUGACAAAUGAUAAGCGUGAUGUGCAUUGAUUUAAAGGUCAUUUCGUAAAAUUCGGUAUUUUUAUAAUUUAUAUUCACCAGCAUAUCCAUCAGUAAUAGUUUCAGAGUCUGGAUGAUUGUUUUUUGACUGUUCAUAAAUAUAAAAGUGUACUACUGUGAAAAUGCUCUGAGGGCCGCUCUUGCUACAUCGUUGAAUUGCAGUGAAAAUGGUGAGUGCAGUGUUCCUCCUCUUCUACUCCUUUUAGAGCUUCACUGUCGAGAAAGACAACGGUCUGCUCGCCAUUUAAAGAGAAAUCUUUCUUGUGGAUUCUCCUUUUUAAUUCGGAUUUAUUGUUUGAGGAGCUCUUGCUUUUAUUCUGAAGGAAUCUUCUCGGCGUAUUUUUUGUAUUUUUGUCAUCAGGAUGGAUUGUAUGUGGAUAAGCGCUGUCAGGGGCCGAUGGCGCACACUGUUUGUCAUUCUUUGUUUCUGUGAGCUGAGCUCAGUGACUGCACAGGCUCGCUAUUCCAUACCGGAGGAGCAAGCAGAAGGCUCAUUUGUCGGAAACAUUGCGAGAGAUUUGGGCUUGGAUGUUGCUAGACUAGUCGCAGGUAAAGCUCGUAUUAUCACAAAAGAAGAUCGGCAGUAUGUUGAUUUAAAACGAGACAAAGGCACACUUGUUAUUAAAGAGCGCAUCGACCGAGAAGAGCUUUGUGGAAAGACGACGCCCUGCAGCUUCAGUUUCGACAUCAUUUUAGAAAAUCCAAUCCAGAUUUAUCGUGUAACAGUGGAGAUCACAGACAUUAAUGACAACAGUCCGUCAUUCCCAAAGCCUGAAAUUAAUUUGAAAAUUGCAGAAAAUGCUGCAGCUGCGACUCGUUUCUCUCUAGCGAACGCAGCUGACCCUGAUGUUGGUAUUAAUGAUAUUCAAAGAUAUUCUUUGAAACCUUCUGACAAUUUUAAAUUGGAAGUAAAUAGCGACCCUAAUGGAAGAAAGUUUAUAGAAAUGGUUUUACAAAAGCCUUUAGACAGAGAGAAAGAGGAGACUCACACUCUCAUGUUAAUUGCUUCAGAUGGCGGUGAGCCACAUAGAUCAGGGACGGCGAGAAUUCAAAUCACUGUGCUGGAUGCAAACGAUAACGCACCAGUGUGCAGCCAGCCUGUUUAUAAGGUAGAUGUUAGAGAAAAUUCACCUGAAGGAACGUUGAUCACUACUGUUAGUGCAAACGACGCGGAUGCAGGCCUCAAUGGUGACGUCACUUACUCCAGUCCUCAUAUUACCAAGGAAGCAGAGGAGCUUUUUGAUGUAAAUGUUAAAACAGGAGAAAUUAAAAUAAAAGGGAAAUUAGAUUUUGAGAAAUCAAAAACGUAUGAGUUAAAUGUCCAGGCUAGUGAUCAUGGAGGAUUUACAGAUACAUGUAAAGUUAUUGUUAGUAUAAUUGAUGAGAAUGACAAUGUCCCUACAAUUAAAUUAAUGUCAUUUACUCAUUCUAUACCUGAGGAUUCUCCCCCAGGUACAACUGUAGCUGUUUUUAACGUAAAUGAUGAAGACUCUGAUGGCAACGGUGUUGUCAAGUGCUCCAUUAACUCUGACGUCCCUUUCAAAAUUGAGUCUUCAUUAACAGGUUAUUACACCAUAGUGACAGACAACUUCUUAGACAGAGAAAGUGUUCCUGAAUAUAAUGUUACCAUAACAGUGUCUGAUCAAGGCUCUCCUCCUUUAUCUACUAGUAAAAACAUCAAUGUUAAAAUAUCUGACGUGAAUGACAACACGCCCAGAUUCCAUCAGUCAGAAUAUAGUAAGACUGUACCAGAGAACAACUCUCCUGGUUUUUCAGUGUUUACUGUCAGUGCUAGUGAUGCAGACUGGGGCCAGAAUGCUCGAGUGUCUUACUUCCUGGAGGAGAAAGAGAUUAAUGGAGUAGCUGUGUCUUCUUUUGUCUCAGUCAAUUCAGAGAGUGGUGUCAUCCACGCAGUCCGAUCCUUUGAUUACGAACAAAUCAAGUCCUUUGACUUUAACGUUACUGCCCGUGACGGCGGAUCCCCUCCUCUGAGUUCUGUCGCCAUGGUUUGCAUCCUGAUCCAGGACAAGAACGACAACGCCCCCCAGGUCCUGUAUCCGGUCCAGACAGGUGGUUCAGUGCUGGCCGAAAUGGUGCCUCGUUCAGCAGAUGUGGGCUAUCUGGUGACUAAAGUGGUGGCUGUUGAUGUGGACUCUGGACAGAACGCCUGGCUCUCCUAUAAAGUGCACAAAGCCACAGACAGGGCGCUGUUUGAAGUGGGCCUACACAAUGGAGAAAUAAGAACUGUCCGCCAAGUCACUGAUAAAGAUGCUGUUAAGCAAAGACUGACUGUUCUAGUGGAGGACAAUGGGCAGCCCUCUCGUUCAGCUACAGUCAUUGUUAACGUGGCGGUGGCAGACAGCUUCCCUGAAGUGCUGUCAGAGUUCACUGACUUUAGCAUGCAUGACAAGGAGUACAAUGACAAGCUGACUUUUUACUUAGUCUUGGCUUUGGCUGUGGUGUCCUUCCUCUUCAUCACCUGCUUGCUGCUUAUCAUAUCAGUCAAAGUGUACAGGUGGAGACAGUCUCGCAUCCUGUACCACUCCAACCUCCCAGUCAUUCCAUAUUAUCCACCACGUUACUCAGACACUUUGGGGACAGGGACUCUCCCACAUGUGUACAAUUACGAGGUGUGCAGGACCUCUGACUCCAGAAAAAGUGACAUGAAGAAUAUGCAAGACAUGAGUCAAAGUUUAGUGAGUGUAGAUGGAGCCGAUGCUGAUACAUCGCAUCUGACCAAGCAGCUGUCAGGAAACUUUUCACAGAUGUCAACUUUGGUGAGUCACAUGUUCCAAAUGUUUUUGUCUGUUUUUGUGUAACAUGCUCACCUGU